AUGCUUCCUCUCUUCAUCAAGAUGCUUCCUCUCUUCUUCAACGUACUUCCUCUCUUGAUCAAGGUGCUUCCUCUCUUCAUCAAGAUGCUUCCUCUCUUCUUCAAAGUGCUUCCUCUCUUCAACAAAGUGCUUCCUCUCUUCAUCAUGCAGCUUCCUCACUACAUCAUGCAGCUUCCUCUCUAA